CCUUCGUUCAGGAAGAAAUAAUAAUAACAAACAUUCCAACAGUCUUAUUUUUGUUUAGCCGAAUGCAUAUGUUGCACACAAUGAUUACGGCGUCUAACCCACACUUUAGGGGUAAAAUUUCUUCUCUUUUAGAGGAGUUGUUGGCAGCUGCUGUGACGGAAAUCUGCGAGCUAUUUGAUAAUGAAUUUGCUAAUGUUACUUUACGUGCGGAAUGUCCCAGAUGUAAGCACUCUAAGGAAGUCGAAAAAAGAUCACACUCAACACCACAUCGUAACAAUUCUUCUGGGGACGUCCAUAGGUUCACUUCUAGAGACGAGGAUGCUCAGAGAGGUUGCAGUCGCGGAGAAUAUGAACGAAAUACAAAUGCAGACGCGGGAGCUCAGCAAACCACACCGCAGUGCAGCCAGUGGGACAUGGGUGCUAACAAUGAACACUCCAAACAUGGCAAUAAAGAAAUGGGUACAAAGAUAGAGUUGUUGUCCAUCAAACAGGAAGUUGUGGAAGAAUCUGACUUUCAGACAGACGGGGACGAUGGACAGGAAGGAGUGACCGGGUCAGAUAUCGCGCUGCCGGAUCCCACUCUGGACAUGAGCACAUCGCUGUCUCCGCGGGCAGGACCGCAGUGGCUCCCUCAUGGGCCGUACAUCCAUGCUGACGGCAACUGUGAAGCUAAAUUUGAAUCGGAGAAUAGCCAUUCCAGUUCUACUAACAAGGACGAAGUAAGCGAGAACAGUGGCCAUGGCUGUUUAGACCAUUACCUUGACCAGCAGCAGACGAGCCUGUGGGUGAGCGACAUGGCGGCCGGUCCUCACCAUCAAGACGAGGCGCAGGGGGAGGACGUGGAUCUUGGGAGUUCACUCUUCUCCCGCUGGUCAGUGUCUCCGCUGAGGAAUCAGGCAUAUCUGCACAAGCAGUGGCCGAGGAGCAGAAAGCCGCCUGGGCCUGUGAGCGCGUGUAACGUGAGUCUGUCAGGCGCUGUCUCCUUAGACGUAAGGACCGUCGGUUCUGGGAAUCAGCUGCACUCACCUUUGACUCUCACAGCAGACCAGGAGAGGAGAUUCACCUGCCCGAUAUGUGGGAAGAGACUCUUGUCUGAGCAGACACUCAAGUCUCACCAGAAGGUCCACACGGGAUACGCACCACAUCAGUGCAACCAGUGUGGAAAGAGGUUCUCUCGACUGGAGAACCUCAAAGUGCACCAGAACAUCCACACAGGACUCAAACCGUACACCUGCAAAUUCUGUCUGAAGAAAUUCAACGCCCCAAGCAACUUCAACCGACAUAAACGUGCUUGUCUGAAGAGGAAGCUAGCCCAGUUCAGUUCAUAAUAGUUGGAAUCGAUCACUGUUUAGAACUAGUUUACAUUGAUGUUAGGCUCAGGUGCAAUGUGUGUGUGGUCUGUGUGUGUAUGCAUGUGUGUGUGGUGAAGUUUUGGUGUAUAGGGCUGAUUGAGACUGCCUGCGUGGCGUGAGUGUGGCGUUUCUGAUGCGUGGUGGCUGUGUGGCGUUUCUGAUGCGUGGUGGCUGUGUGGCGUUUCUGUUGCGUGGUGGCUGUGUGGCGUUUCUGUUGCGUGGCGGGUGUGUGGCGUUUCUGAUGCGUGGCGUGAGUGUGGCGUUUCUGAUGCGUGGUGGCUGUGUGGCGUUUCUGUUGCGUGGCGUGAGUGUGGCGUUUCUGUUGCGUGGCGUGAGUGUGGCGUUUCUGAUGCGUGGUGGCUGUGUGGCGUUUCUGUUGCGUGGUGUGAGUGUGGCGUUUCUGUUGCGUGGCGUGAGUGUGGCGUUUCUGAUGCGUGGUGGCUGUGUGGCGUUUCUGAUGCGUGGUGGCUGUGUGGCGUUUCUGAUGCGUGGUGGCUGUGUGGCGUUUCUGUUGCGUGGUGGCUGUGUGGC